CAUGAUGCGCGCCGACCCGAAAUGUCGCCCUAAACUUUGUGCAGGAGGAGACUAGUCCAGUGGAAGUGCGCCCUGCGGCUGCUACCGACGUUAUCGGGUAGACCGAAUAAGUAGGAGGAAAUGCUCUUUCUUUACUAACAUACCUAGAUACGGCGAGCUACACUUUGCCGCCAUGACGCACCAAGCCCCACCUGACGGAUUGGUAAUUUCGUAUCAUGACCCAGUUCGUGUCUAUAUAACGUGCAUAUGAAACUGACGAAGAUGCACACACCUCCCAAUUUUCGCCAUGGCUUCGAGAGGUAUUCCAGUGGAUACCGGCGCUUUAAUGACAGCAGUGCUGGAAGGCAUUUUAUAUGGCUUUUCAUUGCUCAUGUUUAUGGGCACCGUGUGGUCUUUGACCUACAGACAGCACGUUCAGAACAUCAAUCGCCCAAUCGCCGUAGUGGCCAUCCUGCUGUUGUUACUGAGUACUGCACACAUUGUCAUGAGCAUCAUUCGUGUGGAAGAUGGACUUGUGAAGUAUUGUGACACGUACCCAGGCGGGCCAGUGGCAUUCUUCGCAGACGUUUCGCAAGAAACGUAUGUAAUCAAGCACCCAUUAUACGUCUUGCAAACUCUACUUGCUGAUGGGGUGGUGAUUUAUCGCUGCCAUGUUGUUUGCCAAUCCGUCCGGGUUAUCAUCCUACCAAGCAUGCUGUGGUGUAGCGUCGCAAUCACCGGCAUCCAUGCGGUCUACAGUGUUUCGCAAUCCGGGUCUACUACUAGCAUCUUCACCCAAGAACUUGCGACGUGGGUCAUGGCGUUCUUUGUCUCGACAAUUGCAACUAAUGUGUUGAGUUCAGGAUUACUGGCAUAUCGAAUAUGGGCGAUUGAACGCAAUGUCGCUACAAUUCGCGCUAGUACGAAAGGCACUAUGAUGCCAAUAGUGCGCGUGCUCGUGGACGCAGCCGUUUUGUACUCCGUAGCACUUUUCAUCACACUAAUCUGUUUCCUCUGCUCAAACAAUGGAGAGUAUGUUAUGGUAGACAUGGUUAUGCCGAUCAUUUCGAUUGCCUUCUACAUGGUGCUUAUUCGCAUUGCCAUCAACAGAAAUCGAAAUCGCAGAUGCCUCUCAACUGUAGGGACGAUCGCCGAGACGGAACAAGGCGAUUUGCAAGAGUAUCCUAUGAAGCCUCUGCAGGUCCAUAUAUCACGAUUUACGCGCAGUGACAGUACUUCGGCAUACGAAAUGGGCAAUGAACGUCAGCCCUCAGGGAGAAGGUCACCUCCUUGGGCAUCGGAAAAGUAGAGGCCAACACUAGGGCCACAUGCGAGGUGAAUGACUAGAGCCUUUUAAGUGGAAUAUCCCAGUCCCAUCCCCCUUGCCGACGGUGACACCACAAGCUGAAACUUCUCCAAAUCCUGAUAAUGAAGACUCA